AUGAACGUUAUUCAGAAGAAAAUGCAAGAUAGAGGUGACGACAUAAUAUCGCAGAAGUCUUUGGAUGUAGUGAAAAUACUUAUACAUUUUUUAAAAGAGCAUGCUAGAGUGGAAGGAUUAUUUCGACGAGCAGGACGUCGUGAGGUUCGACGACAUAUUCUGAAUUCUCUAAAGAAAGGCCAUAAACCGCAUUUUGAAAAUUCAAAUAAUGUUGCUCUGGAAUGUGCGGCAGCUUUACAAAUUUUUCUUAGCCGCUUAAAGAAACCAAUUAUGCCGCAGCACGUGCAAGAAUUGAUUCUUGCUGAUAAUCCAGGUGUAGAAGCACAAGUUAUUGCACAAGAUGCUCUAGGACUUAUUAGACAGGAUGUCGGUGGUCGUCAUUGCGAGCUCUUGACUCAUGUUUUGGAUCUUUUAAGGCACUUAACUCUUUCAGGACCUCCUUCUGAAUGUUCCGAAUUGCGCGGAUCUCCAUUACCUGUUGCACUUUUACCAGUGUUUUUUAAUUUAUCCCCUAGUGAUUUAAUAAGAUGGAAACAAGUGGCGGCCAGAUUCAGCGAAUUAAUUACGGAAGCCGCUGCGCAACUCCGUCGCGAUGUACAACAUGGCAUUUAUACGGAAACUAUAAAUUCCAUGACGAAUUACAUCGAUGUCACGUUGGUGAGAUGGCACGUGUUCUUAUUACACCGUUACAACACCCGAUCGUUGGAAGGUUACAUCCGACAAUUGCUAAUCCUAAUUAAAAAUUUUAUAACAAUCGUACAAAUGUGCAAAGUAUUUUUAGAUGCAAAUUACUGUAUUUAUAUUGUCAUAAUUUUGUUUAUGUAAAUUGA